UAGCUGAACAAAAGAGGAAAGGGGCUCAGACUUUGUGUACAGAAUGGUCGCUAUGCCAAACCAUCACGGGCACAAAGAAACAUUCUGCCUUCCCUCCCGCCCUUUUUGAGAAGGACAGGAGAUUUCUGGAGGGCAUCGGAACAUAAAUAUUGACAGAAACGGAGACAGUGGGUUGUGCUGAGCAAGGACCACCUAAGGAGUGUUGUAUUAUAUAUACCAGUAAUGCAUUUGACAAGUCAAGUAUACAUUCACAAAUAACAGAGUAUUUUACUGCAUACAAGAAUAUUCUGACUUCAGUCAAACAGGAAUAUGAGGUGUUUAUUGCCAGAAUCAAGAAUGGCCAAAGGAAUGUUUGGUUUUUUUUUUUUCAUAGGAGAUUAAAAGCUCUGGAAUCUGAGUCCAUAACUCGGAAAAGAGCAAUAGAGCUUAAAGACAAAAUAAAAGCUGUUCAGAAGAAUUCUGCAAAAAUUAAAAAUGUAAUAUUGGAAUUUCAUAAUGUAAAAAAGGUACCCUCAGAAACUUUUGGCACCCCAGAGAAAACAGCUCAUCCUCUUAAACCCUUCCCAGGCCUGAGUGUAGAAGAAUCACUCAGCUUGGAUUCUCUUUCUAAACAUCUCGCUCAAUUAGACAGAUGAGUGCUAGAAGUGAAAAAAGAAGGGGGGGCGGGGGGGAAGUGUACCCCUUGGCAGAAAAAGACGUUAGAACAAGGACUCCUGAACUUACUGGCCUUACAAGAUACAGCUGAAGCAAAAAGAAACGUGUUUCCCUCUAACUAUGCUAGAGUUUUGUGAGUGGUAAAUGCUGUUUCUGCCUGGGCAAAACCAGAUAGGAUUGUCACGCUACAGGAUCUCCUCUCUCAGAUAAUGAAAAAUAAAAAGAUGAGUCUUGAUAUCCCUAGAAAAACAGCUGGAGAUUCACUUGAAUAUUUUGAAAGUUUCAGUGAAUUGCUUUCAAGUGGUCAGAAUGAUGCUGCAGCAACCUAUGCAGUAAACUCUCCUAGGGGAAUUCUCUUUAAUGAAGAAGCUCUGAAGUAUCUUAAAUGCAUGAAUUUGAUAUUUGACUGCUUUAAAGGAAGAAAUCUCCCUUUACUGAAGUAUUUUGAUACGAUAAACUCAAGCACUGCAGUUGGACACCUUCCCAACUCAGCUGUAACUCUGGAAGCAAUGAAAUCUGCACUGCCUGAAAAGCAAUUAAAUCUGGUAACACAUUGAGUUAAUCAGCAAAGGUUAACCUUUUCUGAGGCAGUAGGGGAUGCUGUUCAUGACUAUAGGAAAGUGGAACUAAGCAAUGAGUCAAAAUGCCUGGCUUUGGCUCAGGUUGGAUAUGGUCAGCCUGGCACACUCAAAAAAGUUGCUGUGUGCCUCUGUGAACAGGGCUGAAUUUCUGGAGCGAUGGAUUGUGUACAGCAACUGGAGCAUUUUUCAAAUGGUUUCUUCUUUCUGUUGGAAAACUGUCCUAGCACUGCAUUAAUUCACUGUCUCAGUCAACAGUGGAUUAGAAAACCACUGUUUUCAUUCCUGGGGGCUGCAAUCCUCUCUCUUCUCUCAGCUGAUCACCAAGAGCAUGAUGCAUUGGAACAGAUUAUUUGAAGUGAUACUGUUUGCACUUCGGGAGGCUGGAAUAAGAUAGCAGAUGCGUGUGCAGAAAAUAAGCAUGAAAAGUUAUCUCGGAAAAUCACAUCGAUUCUCACCUCACAGGAUGGAGUGUUUAAAAAUUCACCACUUGAAGAUUAAAAAGAUGCAAGG